AUGUUUGUCGAUUACUCUAGUUUGUCAGGAUACUCUGACAUCAACUCCAAGUUUGCUGAAAAGUAUACGGAUCUUAUUUUUUUCGAGGAACUUUCAUCUACAGACGUCAAGCUCGAUUAUUUGAAAAGUCGGACCUUGCGUUUCAAAUGGGUUCAAAACUUGCGUCUCGUUAAGAGUCGAUUUUUCACCGAAUGGAUCGAGUACAUUUUUUGUCUUUGUGUGUCUUUGGAACAAAUUAGGCAAAUCAAGGGAAUCAUGUUUUUGUGUCCUACCCUUUACUUACUUGAAUUUGAGACACCAAGUUGUUCUGCCAAAAGAGCUGCCCUGCUCGAAGACGAAGAACCGCUCAAAAGGGCGUUUAACGAAGUUUACGCAGAAUUUGUCGUGGCUCGGAAGGAAAUUACGGAUUUUUUGAGGAAAUUUACCAUUUCGGGUAGACCCAAACCCGAUGAACCUUACGAGUCAUGGGCUCCGAUCACCAAAAUUAUGUUUGGUGAAUUUGUUAAGGGUCAUUUGAAUUCCGUGAAGGCUAGGACCGACGUCAUUAUCAUUCCAGAACAAUUCCCACCUGAUUUUCGUUACGUCAUCACUCCCGAGGGUUACGUGAAGACCAAAUUCAAGAUCAGUUUUUACAAGUGUAUCUUUUCGGAUCGAUCAGUUCAUCCUUCGCAGAUUACUGCGGAUGGGUUGGAGUUUGCUGUAGUGAAAAGGAAAUUCACAACCAUCUGGCAAAAUCAGCAUCCGGAAAAAACGUUUGACCUUUACGUUAAGAAGUUGGAGGAAUUGUCUUGUUCGCAAGCGGUACAUGACGUGAGCACCGAUGAUCUCACCAGUCUUUUAAAUGACAUUUACAGUAAGUCGGUCACGAAUCAAGCAAAUUUCGAGAAAACGCUUAAGCAACGCGACUCCCAAAUAAUCCAUCACGCUCCUGGCCACAGCGUUGUGAGGAUCUUCGAGGAUAUCGAUGAUUGUAUUAAGUACUUUUCUUCGGAAAAGAUUGAAAGACCAAGCACUUAUGACCAAAUAAUGGAGGAGAUCAAUAACUUUGAGUAUGAGAUUUUGAAGAAGGAUGGAAACCGUAAGCACAAGAAGAAGAAAACUACGAAACAUGGCAAGUCGUCUUCUUCGAAAUUAAAAGCUUUCCACACACCAAAGCAAGAGGAUGUUGUUGUUCCUGUCCACCUUCCAAACCAGGAAGACCUUAUUGUACCGAUUUACAAUAACAGCGAUUAUCUUGGUUCUAAGCUAGAACUAGAACCUAGCAUCGUGCAUACGCCUUUUGCCACAGACGAGAAACCUCAAAAUAAGAGAAAAGCUUCUACAGAUGACAUUUGUGAAAGAAGCUGGGUGUCUAGCUUAAAUCUUUCGUGUGAGAAACCUGUUUCGGACUCUAGGACAGUUGUUCAUUCCUCGCAUUACACUCUUGAAGCCAAGAGCCUGAUGUCUCAACAAGGAGUUACAUCUUUGGUCCCUGCUUCGGCAUCGAACCCAUUUGAUGUUGGAUUUGACACCUGGUCACUAAUUCCCUGCCAAUCAAUUUCGGAGAAUGUCUCGCACACCGUGUCUACUGGAAUGCUUUUAAAUUGCGAGACGUUUUUCAAACAGGAUCCCCAAGACGAGGACCCACGAGAGGUCUCUGGCAAAGUUGAUCCAAUCUUUAUGUCCAAGAUUAGGGAAAAUACUGGAUCAAAAACUGUUCGCAUUCAAACUCCUUUGCAAUCUAGAGAUGGUCUCACCAAAAGAAGCAAAUCCCAUCAAUUUACUGGAACAACCCUUGUCCCAAAAUCCGGUAAUCUGAACAAGCGUAGAUCUCGAGACAUAAAGCCUUCAAGGAAGCACAAAAACGUUGUUCAUGCUACCACUUUAGGGAAAGGUCGCGAAACUUUGUACCAACUUCCUUCGAAUCAGUUUAAUGCCGCAAGUGAUCUCCCUGGUCAACAACAUUCGAACGCGCCACACGUCCUACCAAGGAUACGUCCAUCUGUGAACAUGAAGGAAAAUCGUCAAUAUGGGAAAACACGCCGCGUAUCUAUUGUAGAGACUUCCAAUUCUGAAUUUUCUUCUGUUCGAGAUAAGCUCUCGUCAAAUAUUUCCAGCGUUGUGGAGGACAUACCUUUAAGGUCGAUAUUACCUCCACCAAUUAGAGACGAUUUUGGUACGCACGGUAAAGAUACCGCUCGGUACACUUUUCUGCCAAGCGUGGACAAUAAUCAUGAACCUGAAAUGGUGUUGAUGUUUCCUCGGCAUUCUAAACGUGAGCCAACUUUCUCCGAAAGAAUGAGAAGUUUGAUGUCUACGUCCAACAUCAAAGCCGCCAGAGAAGAACGUAAACUGAGAUCGGAUUACGAGUACGAUUUAAUGUACCCCACUUUAAAUGAGGUGUCAUUUAGAAAAUUCAUGAAGUUCAAGAUGAAGAGAUUAAAAGAAAAUGUGAAGUACUAUCAAAGUAUUGCCAAAAGAUGCGUGGAGGAUUUUAAGGGCCAAACGGAGCCUGAUACGCUUACAAACGAUGUCUGUGGUGUAUACUAA